AGAAAGUGAACUCGUCAAAUCCAAAUCCAUCAUACAACUAAACUGUCAAUGCGUUAUGUACAAGACGAUAAAACACAACUACUUCACCCAACCCUUCUUUACCUUCUUCCUCAAAACCUCCUUUCUCAAAUCUUUCCAAAUUCAUGGCUGCAAAAUUCCAAUUUCUGCCAUUGCACUUGCAAACCUCGUUACUAUUACUUUUCUUGUUUUCAAAUCUUUUAUCGGCUUCUCAAUCUACUCCUCAAAACAUCCAAGUCUACUUUCCGAUACCAACUCCACCACCACCACCACCACCACUGUCGCAAACAACACCGCCACCGGAAACCACCAUCUCCACCGCAUCAAGAUCAUCCAAUAAACCCAUUGCGAAAGCAGUUGUCAUCACUGCAUCAUGUACUCUGGUUUUAUCAGGGCUGUUGUUCUUAUUGCUCUUGAAGCUUAAACUCCGUUCGAAGAAAGAAACCACGAAUUUAUACGCUGAUAGCCGGAUUAAUUACAGUAAUGACGAUCUGGGUAUGCAGAAAAAUGAUGAAUUUAUGAGUUUUGGAGCGAUCAAAAAGGUGAUUGUUGACGAUGAUCAUGAACAAGGACUUGACGUGAUUUACUUGAAAAUGGUUCAUGAUAAUGGCGGAAGAAAGUCAAAGUUUGACUGUCCUAUUCAAGAAAUCCAUUUCAUCAGAGAAAAAUCCUCCGGUUCUCGUAUUUGGCGAUUAGAAGAUCAUAAUUCUGAUUCUGUUCAAGUUAUUGAUGUUAUCGAGGAUGUGAGAAAUCAAGAAACGAUGGAAAGUCAACUAUUGUUGCAAUCACCGCCGCUACCACCGCCUAAUGCGGCGGUUCCACCCCCUCCACCACCGGUGUUGGAAAAGAAGAGUAGUGCGCCACUACCACCGAUUCUGCCUAAAAGUGGUGGUUUGACUUUGUUGUCACAACGACCACCACCACUUCCAAAGGGUAAUAUGUCUUUAUCUAAUGACAAUAAGGUCAAACUUAAGCCUUUACAUUGGGAUAAAGUCAACGCUAAUGUAGAGCAUGACAUGGUGUGGCACAAACUACGCAAUGGUUCUUUCAGGGUUGACGAUGAUCAAAUGAAAUCCCUUUUCGGAACCAUCGCCACCGACAAGCCAUCGCCAUCACAAGAAUCCACCACCUCACCGGGGAAGGGCGGCCAGUCUAUGAUUUUCCUACUCGACACCAGAAAAUCUCAAAACAUAGCAAUCGUUCUUAAAUCCAUCGCCAUUUCUAGACACAAAAUCAUCGAGUGUCUACAACAGGGUCAUGGCCUCGACAUCGACACCCUCGAAAAGCUCAAUCGAAUAACCCCAUCAAAAGAAGAAGCAACAAUCAUCCUCGAAUUCGAAGGAGACAUCACAAAAUUGGCCGAUGCUGAAUCGUUCCUCUAUCAUAUCCUCAGAUCUGUUCCCUCUGCUUUCACUCGAUUCAGCAUCAUGCUGUUCAAAUUGAACUACUAUUCAGAAGUAUCAGACCUCAAUAACUCGUUACGAACCCUAGAAGCAGCUUGCAAAGAGCUCAAAACUCGAGGGCUUUUCGUUAAGCUUUUAGAAGCUGUUUUGAAAGCCGGGAAUCGGAUGAAUGCAGGAACUUCAAGAGGUAAUGCUCAAGCGUUUAAUCUCAAUUCUCUCCUGAAACUCUCAGACGUUAAAAGCAGCGAUGGAACGACUACUUUGCUUCACUUCGUCGUCGAGGAAGUCGUCCGAUUAGAAGGGAAACGCUGCAAUAUCAACAGAAGCACCGGUGGAUCUAGUGGCGCUGCAUUUACAGAGAGUUAUUACAUAAAGCUAGGGUUACCGGUGGUCGGAGGAGUGAGUUCGGAGUUUUGUAACGUGAAGAAAGCUGCCGGAAUCGAGUAUGACGCCUUUUCGAAAACAUGUUCGGGGUUGAGAAACCAUUUGGCGGAAAUCAAGAAAAGUAUGGAAGAAUGUGAGGGUGAUGGUGGUUUUGUGAGAGAAAUGGGGAGGUUUCUUGAAGAAGCGGAAAUGGAGAUUGAAACGUUGAGAGAAGAAGAGGAAAGAGUUAUGGGGGUUGUGAAGAUGACGAAUGAGUAUUAUCAAGCAGGGGGUUCGAAGGAGUUUGAAUUGUUUGUGAUAAUAAGAGCGUUUCUUGAAAUGGUUGACAAGGCUUGUGUUGAUAUUGCUGUAAAAUUGCAGAAGAGAAGAACUGGCGGUGGGUCACCGGAGGCGGGGAAGAGGGCGGAGGUAAAGUUUCCGGCGUUGCCUGCAAAUUUCAGGAUUGGUACAAGUAGUGGUAGUUCAAGUGAUUCGGAUUAAAGUAUACAACGAAGCAUUGGAGCUGACAAAAUGUACAUAGCCAAACAUGGUGUCCACCCGUUUUUGCAUUCUUCAAAAUUCAAACAGUGAUUGAUUAUUAAAAGAAAAUACAGUAAAUAAUCUCAUUUAUUUUAAUUUACCGAAAUAACAGCUACUUUUAAAAUAUUGUAUUUGAGAUUUGAG